CGCUUAAAACCAUCUGAGAAAAAGCGGGACAGCGAGCCACACGUACCGCUCCGAGGUGCCACAGCAUUGCCUUCCCAAUGGACCCCAAACAAUCUCAACGGCCCCGAGGGCCAAUUAAGUGGCCAGGUUCAAGACGGUUCGCAGUGGUGACCCCGUUUAGGCAAUUGGUGGAGACAAUUUGGGGCCCAAUUAGAAGAAUAGAACACCAAAUUGCUCUCAAAGCGCAAUGUUUAUCACUGAGCCGUAGGUAGACCGGAGGAUUCAACCCCCGUCGCCUUGAGCAUACAAAAGAGCAAAGGA